GCGAGUAAUCAUUUGUGGCCUAACCCCUGGCCACAAGGGGAGCGAUAUUUUGCUCUGAACCCAUUAUCCAAAGACGAUCUACGUCCGAAUUCUUGAGAGGAAGAAAAUCUUUGGUUUUUAGUGUCCCUUCACUAACCUGGACUUUGACACCCGGAAACUAGGCACCCAUGUCGACGAAUUCAUUCAUCCUCUCACUACUUGUAAAAGGUCAUGCUCUGAACAAAGUAUUCAUUCUUCCAUGAAAAUGUUACUUGGUCUAAACAUCCGACUGAGUGCUUAUGCGUUUAAAUCGCGAUAUUGUGUUGAUGUUGUGGUUCCAUCAUGGAUGUUCUUCUAGCACUGCUGUUAUUGUGCCUUGUCAGCAUACUAUCAGCUCCUCCGUUGGCAAGUAAUGAGUUGCAAGGUGAUCUGGCCGCCUACCUAGAACUUUCAUUCAGAAAUCCGGAGGUGUUAGAAACCGUUUAUACCCGCCAAUCAAAGUUCAACUUGUUAGCCAUUAAUCAGGGUACACGCGACGUAUACAUCGGCGCUGUGAAUCGCGCUUAUAGGCUAGACAGCGAUUUCAACCAGUUGCAGGGUAUAAUCACUCACGAAUACGGUGACCGUUCGUUUUCUGAUAGGCGCGAUUCGUAUUAUACGAAACUGUUGAUAAUCGAUUCUGCCCGCGGCUUGAUCAUCUGUGGUAGUGCAAGAGGGAUAUGCGAGCUCCGAAAUUUUAAUGACAUCGCCAAGGUUUUGAUCAGCUCUAGAUCCGGUGUGGUAUCCGAGAGAAAUAGUUCUCCCGUUGGUAUCAUAACCAGUGGGGAAAGAUAUCUAAUCGUUGGAGAGUCACCUGACCGUUAUAAUGCCCCUCUAAUAAGUAGAAGAAAUCUGGAGGGAAACACUUUCCUCGAAUACAACUUCUACGGAAGUGCAAUCACGCUUUCUCACUAUGCUUCACUGGACUUUUCUGUAAGCUAUGUUACAAUUUAUUCAUGGGAUAGUUUCACAUAUUUUGUCACAUUUCAACCUGUUGACGUCAACGCCAGAACUUCAGUGUCCAAAGUAAGUCGUGUAUGCAACGAAGCGCGUGAUCUUGAUGCAUACACUGAAAUCACCAUACAAUGCAGUGGAUCAGAUGGUAGUGUGUACAGCUUGGUGCAAGCAGCUUUCUUUGGACCAGCAGGACCUGAUCUGGCAGCAUCAUGGGGUCUCCAGGCAGACGAGCAGGUGUUGUAUGCUGUAUUUGCUAAGAACCGAGGAGCCGGCGAUGUACCUACUGAUCACUCAGCAAUGUGUGUGUACAGGAUGACUGACGUCUUGGCUGCCUUCAGAGAAGCAGUGCGAGGAUGCAUACAAGAAGGAGGCGCAUACCGUGCAUGGCAUUUGGAAGAGAGUCGCUGUUACUCACAUCUGGUACCAAUAUGUUUUCCCGGUUCCCGUGUUUUAAACAUUGUAAACAACCCUAUUUAAUCUGACAAACACUUGGUUACAUACAGACCGUGUCGGAUACCAGUUUCGCCCUGGCUGCCAUGAUAUUAUUAUCGAUUCGGUCUGUUCCUGUAAUUGAAUAAUUGACGUGUAUUAAAUGAGGGCGACCCUGUUUAGAAACAAGAAGCGCAGAAUUUUUACUUUUAGAGAUUACAUUCCUAGGCAAUAUAUUGUGAUUUUUUCCCUCAAAAGUCAUAGGGAUUCUCAGGUGAAGGCCUUUAUUGAAUUGUCGAAUUUCUCUUUUUUUUAUCAAGAAUUAUUUGAGACAAAGUGACAGAUAAGGUGUAUGCGGAAACUAGAAAAUACUAAAAAAUUCUUUGUUAGUAUUUUCCAGUGAACAUGACUUUAUUUUGAAAGUCUUUUCGAAAGUGUACAAUAUUUCCAAUCAGGUGUGCCAUUUUUACACUAACUUUUAAAACAGUGCUGCCGUCAGAUUUGGCCUAGGCCUAUACCCCUCGGACGUCAGCCGGAUGUCUUGACCAGUAAAAUGGCUCAGUGUAUUUAGACCCCGUCGAUCUGCGGUCCGCCUUGAGCAGAGGCACCAUCUUAUCGGCUGAAAAGCCAGAGCCGUGCUUGGCGGGGGUGUUCAUUUUGUUGGUAGCGAUGCGAC